GGCGAUUAUGGUGGUGUUAGCCGUACAGAAGGGGAUCCAUGGAAAGUUAUGCGUCGAUUUGGUCUAACGUCAAUGCGUAAUUUGGGUGUUGGAAGGGCUGGACUAGAAAAACAUUUACUUGAAGAUAUGGAAAGAUUUAUUGAACAAAUUAAAGAAGAUAUUUUAGAAUAUGGAGAAUAUAAUGUUGAUCUUCACAAGAAAAUAGAUCGCUUAGCUGGAUCUACAGUAAAUCGAGUUAUAUUUGGAUAUCCAUUCGAAGAUGACCAAAUGUCAGAUUUCUAUGAAUUAAAGCAACAUAUGGAAGAACAGGCUUUUUUGCUUUCAUCAGUAACUGGCCAUAUGUUAAUGGCAAUGCCUUGGCUUCGUUAUUUCCCUAUAUUUUCGCAAUCAUUUAAUAAAUUGGACAAUAAUCUGUCAAAUGUCUAUGAAUUCCUUAAGAGACCGAUAAAUAAAAGAAUUUCUGAAAGGGAGAAACAAACGGCUGAAGAGAGAGGAGAACCUAAUGAUUUACUUGAUUGUUUUCUUGAUCAGAUAGAGGCAGGGAAAAGUGAAUAUUUUAGUUUGAGAAGUAUAACACCCUUCUGUUUUGAUUUAUUUUUGGCUGGUGAAGAAACAACGUCAGUUACAAUAAGUUAUUUAAUUUUAUAUUUAAUACUUGACCAACGAGUUCAAUCAAGAAUGCAUGAAGAAUUAGAUCGUUUGGAGGAUGAAAAGGGCCGUAUUGGAUUUGAUAAUUCUGUUACACAAGCUGAUAGAGGAAAAUUACCUUUUUUAAAUGCUGUUAUUAAUGAAACACAACGUGUUUGUAAUUUACUUCCAUUAAAUCUUACACACCGAACUAUGGCUGAUGCUCAAAUUUUAGGAGGGAAAUAUCACCUUAGAAAAGGCAUAUCCAUAAUCCCACAAAUUAGUUGUGUUCUAUUUGAUGAAAAAGUGAAUGAUUUUUAUUUAUAG